ACACUGACAGUAAUUUUCCCCUCAGGAUACCUCAGAAUGUACCAUUUUAACUUAAAAUUCUCUCAAACCUCGAAAAAUGGAAGGUCAAUGCCUCCUGUUCCCCUUACAAUGCUCGUGUCUGUAGCAUUCGUCGCAUGGUGAAUCUCAGUCAAUAAGAAAUUUCGACCCCCUACAAUAAAAUCCUAGCCUGUAAUCAAUCUGAAAGAGAAGCCGACUUUUAACCGUAGGUGGCGGAGCUGCGCUCAACGACCAUGCAGCUCCAGUGGAUGCCUCUACAGCAGCGAAUGGCUCAGACCAGCUGCCACGUGAGCCUGACCAUCCAGCACACCCAUCCGCGCUACAUCUCCCAGUGUAACCCCACCCUCAACUCUCAUCUCAUCACUGGGCUGCAGGCUAACUCUACAUACACCGUUUGCCUGCUGUUGGGUUGUGAUCACUCCAAAGGCCAGGACAACCCAAGCUGCCAAGCAGUGACCACCAAGGCACCAGGCAACGAUGUCAGCUCUUAUAUCCCGCUCCACUGGCAAAGCAUCAUUGCCACGGCAACAGCCACCACCCUGAUCAGCAGCAUCCUGGGUAUCUGUAUAUACAAGUGCUGCGAUCGCAGCAAGAUCUACCUCCGGCCCAAACGCCUCAACCAGCGGCGCAGAGAGCAGCAGCAACACAACGGGCACAUGAUCAUGGGGCGCGAGAUCCCGACGAUCGUUGUGCCCGACCAGAGUGGACUGGGAGGGGGUCAGAUGGGAGCCAGUCGCCCCCCUAACUCCACCCCCCUGCUGAACCGUACAGCCCUGGCCCCCCUACAGGAGGAGCCAGAGUACGAGUCGGCCAGCCCUGUCAUGCCGCGGGCAGCGCGCAACACGGGCAACGGGACUGACAACAGGGGCGAUUUCCUGCGCCCGGAGGAGCAUCACUACGAGGCAGCGAGCCCUGUCCUCACCCGUGCCGCCAAGGUCACUGCCAACGAGCCGGCAGACUCCGGGUACGAAACCACCGAGGGCUGGCACAAGUCAGGUUAUGCCAAUGCAGAUGAGGUACGAGAGGAAACAAUCAACAACAACAACAGCCUGGUUCCCCCCACCGCGCCUCACGUGUAUGAGCAGGCCAGCCCCGUCAUGCCGCGGGCUCGCGUGGAGUCCCGUCUUCACGCUGGCUCCCCCGCAGGUCUGGGCGUGCCCGGCAUGAACAACCUCAGCCCGCCCGAAGGACACUACGAGGCUGCCACACCCGUCAUGCCGCGGGCAAAGUUAGGGAAAAGGGGUAAAGGUAAGAAACGUGACAGUGGCCCUGUCCAGCAGGCCCCCCAGACCCCUGCUCCAAACCUGUCCAUCCCGACCAUCCACUACGAGGUUGCCAGCCCCGUGGUACCACGUGCCAAGAUCAGCAUGGAACGCAUGGAGAACAGGAAAAGUGUGGAGAGCGAGCCCCCGCAGGGUGACCCAGGCCACCUGUGCCCCACCAUCCACUACGAGGCGGCCAGCCCGGUCUUACCUCACAAGGCUAACAGGUUCUGUCCUGCCGAGAAUGGUGACACUUUGGGGAGCAACAAGGGAGUCAUGUGAGUCGGAACGGACUUUUAACGGAUCAAGGAAUUGUGGGUAAACUAAUGCAGCGACAUAUCAACACGCAUGCAUAUUGUGUCUACUUUGUCUAUGUUUUCAAGGUAAUAUAGAUUAGCACAGGACGAUUUGACAAGGAGUUUGGGACACGGAUU